CGAAACCUCUCAAAUGGUGGUUGGUGCUGGGUGCUGGACCACUCCAUGUGGUGGCCCGCGAAUUUACAAAGUCGCUCUCCCCCCACCCCCCAUGAUCUCAUGAUCGAUUCGCCCUCAAAUUUCUGAAUUCUUCUGAACUUGAAAACAGAAAUAUUAAGAAUUCAACUACACUGAACGAAUAAGCAAAGGAAAAUAGAGAGGAACUCGGUGGAAAUGAAGGAUGACGAUGCGUUGCCGGUAUCUACGCCGACGGCACAUUCAACGGUGAUCACAACAUCCACACUUCCGAGAAAGGAAAGUUCUAAUUCCCUAUUCGGAAGAGGUCGCUACAGGUUUUGGGCCUUGGCAGCUAUCCUAUUGCUCGCCUUCUGGUCAAUGCUUACCGGUACAGUUACUCUCCGGUGGUCUGACGGCAAUCUCAAUGGCCUCUCCGACGACUUCGAUACUCAUCUCCCUGAAGAUCUCGAUGUUCUCGAAAUGGAGGAGAGGGAGAAAUUAGUGAAGCAUAUGUGGGAUGUAUAUACGAAUAGUCAUCGGAUAGGAUUAACUAAGUUUUGGCAGGAGGCUUUUGAGGCGGCCUAUGAGGAGUUAUCGAGUGAUGUUCCUGAAGUUCGAGAUGCUGCUAUCUCUGAAAUUGCUAAAAUGUCUGUCCGUUCCAUUGAUAUCGAGUCACCAUCUCUCCAAUCAUCGGCAACACGAGAAUUAAAUCUGAGGCAAUCAGAUGACGAACAAAUAAUGACCACAACAGGAAGUAAAUUAUGACUUGAAGAACAUCCAGAAACCAAAUUUGCAUAGUGCCACUUUUCACAGGCUGAAUGAUAACAUAUGUUCGCUUGCAGUCUCGUAUACACUGAGAGAGUAUUUGGGAAAAGAUUACACUCAUGUUCCAUACAUUUUUGCAACUCAGAUGAAACAGGGCAUUUCUUUAUUUUUUUUAUCCUUGCACCCUCCCCACCCCCUCCAUUUAAUCAGCCCAGGGGUACAGAAAUAGCGUCAUUAUUUAAGUAGCUGUUUGCAAAAGAAAAUUUUAUAAGAUUGUUGCACGGUUUCGACAUUGAAUCUCCUCCUAAUUUUUACUGAGUGAUUGUAUUUAUGGUAAUACGAACUUGCAACGAAAUAGAAAUUCCAUACUGCUUAUUUGUUACUAGCCUCUGUAGUGUUUUUGUGUUGGACGCCAAUAAAACUUGCAGCUGUAAUGGUACCCAUUA